UUGUCCUAGAGAUCCAUGCUUCGGGGAGACUGCCUCAAGGAGCCAAAGGCCCUCCUGGUGGCGGUGAGCCAGGGAUUAGGAACAGUCGUUGGAAAUGCAGGAAGGGCGUUUGAGGCCAGUUACCGUCUCGCACAAGGAGACUGCCCUUGGGAAGAUGAGCCCUAAACACGGAGGGUUGGAGACUAAUGACAGUCUGUGCAUAGAGGAUUCACAGGGGCGAGACUCUGUAGGAAAUACCCUCCAGGAGCGUGACACACGGGGACCAAGUAAAGGCGCUUUGGUUCAGAAAGGGAAGACCCUCUUCAAAUGCAAAGAAUGCGGGAAAGUGUUUACCCAGAACUUCCUCCUUGUCCGACAUCAGCGGGUUCACACCGGAAUCAAGCCUUAUGAGUGCCCCGAGUGUGGGAAAGCCUUUCGUGAAAAGGUAGAUUUUGAUCGGCAUGCGAGGAUUCAUACCGGGGAGAGGCCCUAUAAGUGCACCGAGUGUGGGAAGGUCUUCAACCGUAGGUCCCACCUCACAUGCCACCGCCGGACUCACACUGGAGAGAAGCCCUGUGAGUGCAGCGACUGUGGCAAGACCUUCAACCACCAGUCUGUUUUUGCCCAGCAUCAUACGACCCACACUGGAGAAAAACCCUUUGCAUGCGAAGAGUGUGGGAAAGCCUUUCAUUACAACUCUUCCUUGACUCGGCACAUGAGGAUUCAUACUGGAGAGAAGCCCUUCCGGUGCGGCGAGUGCGGAAAGGCCUUCACCCACCAUUCUGUUUUUGUUCGACACGGUUUGACCCACACCGCAGAAAAGUCGUAUGAGUGUAAAGAAUGUGGGAAAGGUUUUCUCUACAGCUAUUCCCUCACUCGUCACACGAGGAGACACACUGGAGAAAAGCCCUAUGAGUGCCUCGAAUGUAGAAAGGCUUUUGCCUCCCGCUUUGCUUUUGUCCGGCAUAGGAAGAUCCACACUGGGAAAAGAACAACUCUCUAA